AGUCCAUUGUUGACCGUCGAGAAAAUUUGACGCAAUCCGAGUUCAGAAAGGAGCUCUCGCGUGAUCGAACGGGAAUCGCAGCAAACCAUAGAGAUUUCCUGUGCACUUCCAAGUGAGCAAAUUUUUCAAGGUUCUCGACGAUAUUUCAGUAAAAUUGAAGACAACGUAGAGGAAGUUCAUAUUUUGGCGAUCUCCAAGGACACCGUAUUUCAUCAACGAAAGUGUCCCAUCAGAAGCAAAUGCAAUUUUCUUACUAAGCAGUUUUUCCGAGAUAUUGUGUGCCAUUAGUGAGUUCGGUUGUGGCUUUUUCGAGAUUUUUUCCGGCGUUUCCACCAUCCUUCUUCAGUGUGGGAAAGUGUGCAAAGGGAAAACCAAAAGUGCUGGUCUUGGUUGAAUUGGACCGAAUCGAAGCUGUGUACAGUGUGUCGAGUAAUACAAUUACGCUGGGAGGAGGAAAAUCGAUUCGGAAAAGGCAAACAGCGGUCGGCAGCGGGGUUUCUACGGAAUAAAGGAAAAGAAGCCCAAUCGUUAGAUCUAGAUCCGAAACGAAACGGAUAAGCAGUUUCUCAAAGAGUCAUUUUACGACGGGGGAUUCACACCACCCGAAAGAAGCAACAGCAGUUCCACAGUAAGUGAGAGUGACCGUUGAGACCCUGCCUGACGACAGAUGGCCGGCUUUGCGUCCCAGGCGGCGCUCCGCUCCAAAUGGGGCGACCUGGUAGACAGUGGAUCGACCAGCAUUGAAACAUCGGAAGUGUCGCAGGGGCUCAAAAAUGUCGUCGGAUGGCUGAAACAGGCUUCGGUGGAAGUGCGAGAAGCCGGCAAACGAGCCGUCACCACAAUACCCCAUCUGAGGCACCUCAACCCGGGGACACUGAUUAAGCAGGGCAUGCACGCGAAUGAACGGACAGCAGCCGGAGACAACAUGAACAGCACGACCAGCAACGACAUCCACAGCAAGCUGACCAUUCUGCACUACAACGAUGUGUACAACAUCGAUGCGACCUGCAAGCAGGAACCGAUCGGAGGGGCUGCCCGGUUUUGCACCGCGGUCAAAACCUUUGCCCACCUCAAUCCACUGGUGUUGUUCAGUGGGGAUGCCUUUUCGCCCAGUAUGCUGAGUACCUUCACACAUGGCGAACAGAUGGUCCCGGUUCUGAAUUCCGUUGGAACGCAUUGCGCCGUUUUCGGAAAUCACGACUUCGAUCACGGCCUGGACGUGCUCGCCGAAUGGGUAGAAAGGACCACAUUCCCCUGGCUGAUGUCCAACGUGGUAGACAACGAGACGGGGCGUCCCCUGGGAGGUGGAAAGAUCACACACAUCUUGCACCACAACGACGUCAAAGUAGGUCUCAUCGGGCUGGUGGAGAAGGAAUGGCUCGACACACUGCCGACGAUCGAUCCCAACGAGGUGACGUACAUAGAUUUCAUCAAAGCCGGCAACCAGCUGGCGGACGAACUGCACAAUCAAGGAUGCGAUAUCAUCAUUGCGUUGACGCACAUGAGAACUCCAAACGAUAUUGAACUCGCCAAGCAGAGUGGGCACAUCGAUCUGAUCUUGGGAGGACACGAUCACGUGUUCGAAAUACUCAACAUUGAAGACACACAUGUAAUCAAGUCAGGCACAGAUUUUCGGCAGUUCUCGAGGAUUGGUGUCAAUACCGAACGGAAUGAGAAUGGUAAGAUUAGCAUUACGGUCGAGAAGGUCGAUGUGAAUUCAACAAAGUACAACGAAGACCCAGAACUGAAAGAGGAGUUGAAAAAGUACUCGGAAACGAUCGAGUCCAAAAUGGAUGAAAUCUUGGGUGUGUUCCAUGUCGACUUGGAAGGACGAUUCUCUUCCAUCCGUACGUCGGAGACAAACUUGGGUAACUGGAUUUGUGAUGUAGCGCUGGCCGCAACCGGAGCCGAUGCGGUCAUGAUCAACUCAGGAACAUUCCGAUCCGACCAGAUCCACGUGGCAGGUCCGUUCACCAUGCGUGACUUGGUAAAUAUAAUUCCUAUGCAAGAUCCACUGAUAGUGCUAGAAGUUACGGGUAAAGUAUUACACGAAGCGUUGGAAAACUCCGUGUCCACCUAUCCCAAGUUGGAAGGUCGUUUCCCACAAAUAGCUGGUAUGUCAUUUGCAUUUGAUCCGACGCAACCGCCGGGGCGACGCGUGGAACCCAGACUCGUGCGGAUUGGUGACGAAUGGCUCAAAAUGGACCAAACGUACACACUUUGCGUGAAAAGUUACAUCUACGGAGGGUGCGAUGGAUACACCAUGUUCAAGGGUUGUAAAGUGUUGAUGGACGAUGAUGCUGCACCGGAGCUUGGGUUGGCGAUUCAGAACCACUUCAAGGCGAUCGAUGUCAGGAUGGGAAAAGCACACCACACUAAGCAUCGACAGUCACUGGUGACGCUUUCGCGACGACACAGCAUGGUGCAGAUGUUGGAGAAUCUGGAGCUGGACGGUCCGACACCGAUCCGGCGGAAAUCCACUAUUACACAACCGAUGCGACACGCAAGCAUGGAGCAUGUCAAUCGGGGAAAGCUACUUCGACGAGCAUCACUAGACGACUUGGAACAAAGCAGUUGCCAACUGUCGCCAACCAUUCAACAUCGGAUAGUGGUGGUUCAGAAUCAAGAACACAUUCGCGAGAUGAUCCUGCGACGAGAAACAAUGGAAGCGAACUCCAUCAUCAAAGAAACCGACGAGCUAACUCCGUAAGUGUGGUUCGAGUUGGCUCGUCCGAUAACGACGAGUGGUGUGUGCUAUUCAUUGAAAACCGGAACCGUACCGAACGGCUCUUUUUACACGACUCAAUCUCAUCAGCAGCGCUCUCUUUUGCAUACCUGCAACACUAUUUAUUGCCUAUCAUCAUUAUCAUACAGUAUCAUUGUACAUCAUCUGAGCCGCCUGGUUUGUGAUUUUCUGUUCUACAUGCAUACAUAUGGGCCAAGCCCUUCAUUCUUCGUGCACCGAAGCAGCUUAAGAUUUAGGACAUCUCAAUCACGUUGCACUGAUACCUCAGUUUGAAAUCCGUCUUGUACUAACCAUAUGCUCUAUGAAACAUAAGAAUACGAAAAACAGACCGUAAUGGCAGCAACAUUAGGGAUAAACUCAUGCAUAGCCUAUAAAUAUGAAAUAAUUUCGGUCGAACCAGACGUCCGCCCUUUAGUUUUAAUUGAGAAGAGCGACACGCAAAUGCCGUCUAUCAAAUAGAAAAAAGGCCAGAACAAAAUUGCACGCAAAGUUAACAGAAUGUAUCACUUUGAAUCUUCCCGCCGGCAGCGUAACCAUGAACGGAUUCUACAACUACAACGGAACUGAUCCAGUCACCGCAUCCUUCCCUCCUCAAUAUUCCCAAUCGACAACAGAUGGUUUGUUCUAAACACUGCAUCUUUGUGCCUCAAGACAUCUUCCCAGUGAUUUGUGUUUUAAAAGUUUGUUUUCAUAAUUCGUUAAACUAAGAACUUUAGGUCAACCCAACCAUUGUACAUAACUCAAUCACACCAUUCAGUCCUGAAUAUAUUGUUAUUGUUACGAACAUUUAAAGAAAAAUAAAUUUAUGGUGGCAGUUUAAUGUCGCCAUGUUGUGUAUUCCCGUUUUGACUCUAUAUUCUAUAAACGAUAUAUUAUAAAACAUAUUUUUUAUUCUUCAUCAAUCAAACCUCAAAUGUUGUCAUAAGGUUUAUCGUUACUCUUUGACAUAGUCUAUUGAUAUUCAAUUUUAAUAACCUGUAUCCAAAAUAGCGCAGCCGAAUAAAA